AUGGCCCCCAACAGACCGUUCGCCAACUAUCCCGGAGCCAAAGCUGUGAAGCUCAGCGCCACCCCGGCAGACGCCGCUGAGGAGGACAAGAACCCCAUCCUCCAUGGACUCGCACUCGUCGCCGCCGCGAGCCUGGUCAACAAUGUCCCCACGCUGCAGAGGUUCUUCUGGAACAACGCAAAGUUCGGCGUCACGCGCGACAUGCCUGAGCUUGCCGGCUAUGAUUACCGCCUCCACCCAGAUGUCGUCCCCCUGCCGAUCAGGGGCGAAGAAAACACCGAGCUCGACCUCGACUUUGGCCUCGACCUCAAGACCCCGGCGCCCGAAGCCAAGGGUCGUUACCUCUCGAGCGUCGACUACCAGACCUUCUACCGCGACGGCACCCUCACGCCCCUCGACGUCGUCUCGGCCCUGCUGCCGCUGACGCGCCGCAACCAGACGCCGGAGAACAAGUACCAGAACGCCUGGGUCGACAGCUACGACAACGAGUGGCGCGCCCGCGAGGCGGCCGAGGCGUCGACCAAGCGCUGGGCCGAGGGCAAGCCCCUCGGCCCCCUCGACGGCGUGCCCGUGUCGGUCAAGGACGACAUUGACGUCGAGGGCUACGUGUCGCACAUGGGGCUGCGGUACUACCCGAAGCUGCCCUUCUUCGCCGCCGCCAAGGAGACGGCCGGGCCGAUCCGGGCCCUCGAGGCCGCCGGCGCCAUCGUCGUGGCCAAGAACGCCAUGCACGAGCUCGGCUCCGACACGUCCGGCUGCAACCCGACCUGGGGCACGCCCACCAACUUCCACAACCCGGCCUACUACCCGGGCGGCUCGUCGUCGGGCGGCGGCUCGGCCCUGGGCGCCGGCCUCCCCACGCACCACCGUACCACGACCAUGCGCCACUCGUGCUGCGUCACGGGGCCCCUCGCCGCCACCGUCACCGACCUGACGCUCGCCUACCGCGUCAUGGCCCGCCCGCGCUCCGACGACCCGGGCCAGGCCCAGCUCGCGCCGUCGCUGCCGCCGCCGUCGGCCACCCACCAAAAGGUCAUCGCCAUCGACAAGGCGUGGUGGGCGCGCGCCGACCCGGCCGUGCGCGCCGCCUGCGACGACGCCCUCGCGCACUACAAAGCGCAGGGCUACGCCGUGCUCGACACGGCGCUGCCGCACCUGCGCGCCGCCCAGCUCGUGCACUCGCUGCUCUGCAUCGCCGAGAUGCACGCCGACAUCAGCGCCCGGCUGCCCGAGUACCGCUCCGUCAUCAACGCGCCGAACCGCCUGCUGCUGUCCAUCGCCUCGCAGACCCCGGCCGCCGACUACCUCGGCGCCGGCCGCCUGCGCCAGCUCAUCAUGCAGCACCUCGCCUCGCUGUUCGAGGCCCACCCGGGCCUGCUGCUCGUCACGCCGACGUCGCCGCUCAACGGCUGGCGCCGCGGCGCCGGCGAUGACGCCCGCGGCAUGAGCGACGCCAACAAGACCAUUGCCGCCAUGUCGUACGUCUUCCUUGCCAACCUCACCGGCUGUCCCGCCGUCACCGUGCCCGUGGGCUACGCGGCGCCCGCCGAGGGUGAGAGCGAGGGCGAGGGCGGCAGGCUGCCCGUCGGACUCAUGGCGCUCGGCGAGUGGGGUGCCGAGGAGCAGCUGCUCGCGUGGGCGGGCGAGGGCGAGCGAUACCUGAGCGACAAGGUCGAGGGCGGCAGGGUGCGGCCCGAGGCGUGGGUGGACGUGCUGAAGCUGGCCAAGGAGGCCAAGGCCAAGGGGAAGCAGAGUGUGUAG